AGAACAUUCGUGAACACGACAUUCGUAGUACACAAGCGGCACCUUUAUCAUCAUUGCUUCACGUCUUCUGUACGAGAUGAGCGGUGUUUUAGUCCUUGGACUGCGUGAAAUUCGGACUCUCAUCUGUUCACUUUGGUCCAACCCGUUCUCGUGCUUUCUGAUACCUUCUUUUCCAACCCACGCCAUCAUCAUGAUAUAAAGAUCUUUGCGAUGUUUUGCGAGUCCUCGAACAUCAUUCCACUCUUCAGCUGCUCUCCGUUAACCCACACAUUUCCUAGGCAUGGCCACCUCGACGGUGGUGGGGUAGGCGGGCUCAUGAUGGCUGUGGCAUUAUCAAAAUAUUCGGAUAUCCAGGUCGACGUCUACGAGGCCGCCGGCCAAUUUUCCGAAGUAGGAGCCGGCAUUGGCAUGUGGCCCCGAACUUGGAAUAUCAUGGAGAGUCUUGGUCUCACAGAAGACUUAGCUAAAAUCGCUGUCAUCUCGCCUACCGAUAUUCCUAAGGUGGCGUUCACGUUGCGUAAAGGCGAUGAGCCCAUAGGCCACACAUUCCACCAGCUUAUCACACCGGGAGGUAUGAUAACUUUCCAUCGCCCCGAUUUCCAAGCCGUCCUCCUCCUCCACCUGUCCUCGACCUCAUGCAGAACGCACACCGCCAAGCGCCUCAAAACUUAUCUGUAUGGUCAGGGUUCAGCAUCCAAGUCCGAAUCGUCUCUACUACCUAUACACCUGCACUUCCAGGAUGGAACUACAGCAACGUGUGAUUUGCUAAUUGGCGCAGAUGGCGUGAGGUCAGCCGUCCGUGCUACCAUGUUGAGAGAUCUCGCAACAAAAGCUCAAUCAGAGGGUCACACACAAGAAGCACAAGAGGCGUUAGCAGGAGUUGAUCCAGUUUGGAGCGGUCUAUCGAUGUAUAGGACCAUAUUUCCCUCGCAAACCCUGAGCCAGCAGUUACCUGGCCAUAGGGUGCUUCAUGACCCGAUGAUAUAUGUGGGCAGGAAUACGCAAAUCACCGCAUAUCCCAUCUCACGAGGUACUGGCAUCAACUUCGCGGCUACUCGCUCACAUUGGGAGCAGGAAAAUACGCUGUUUGAAGGGCCUUGGGUACAAGACGUUUCUCGUGAUGAAUUGCUUCAUGCUUUUGAUCGAUGGGAGCCAGAGGUGGUCGCAUUGUUCCAGAGCAUUGAAGGCCUGAACAGAUGGGCAAUGCAUACCGUGCGUCCCUUACGUUCGUACGUCUCGGAGCGUGUAGCUCUUAUCGGUGAUUCGGCACAUGCCAUGCUUCCCUACCAAGGCGUAGGGGCGGGACAAGCCAUUGAGGACGCCUUUCUCUUGGCUACGCUCCUCGGGCACUCCGUAACUACACCCGCCACUUUGUCCCGCGCAUUGAAGGUCUACGAUGCAGUCCGUCGUCCGUUCUCUCAGCAUGUCCUAGAGACCUCCCGGGAAAAUGGUCAACUGUUUACCCUGAAUUAUCCUGGCUUGACUUUCGGGACGCCUCAGGAGAAUCGAGACGCUAAGAAAUUACAGAAGCUACAAGAUCUGUGUAACAGGGUACGGAAAAAUUGGGAAUGGUGUUGGCUGACUACCUUGGAUGCAGACCUGGAACGUGCUGUGAAGAUGUUAGAAAAUGGGAGCCAGUGAUGCAUGGUCGAAUAAAAGAUUGGGGUGGCGAUUUAUGGAGAGGGGUCUAUUUUCUUGGAUAACCUUUCAGUCCAUUGGCAGUGCUUUUAUUUAUCUCUGGCCAAGGGCCGGCACCAUAUCGCAACAUUUCUGACUGUGCCUACUUCCGAUGCCGCAAGAUGCCUACAUCCUCGCUUCCGAAUCAUCUUUUGUUUUAAACUUCAGCACGAGGCAGUUGCCACCUGUAACGUCGCUAAGUAUGCCCGCCUUUCCGCCUUCACGAAUUUAUCAAGCUACACGAUCCUUUGUGUACGUGUGUCAAUUGUAGCAUUGACAUUCGUAUUCGCGUGUGAUUGUAGAGUCAAUCGCACUCCCGAAAUUCGCGGUCAUGCUCUCCACUUUGCAGUACAUAUAUCCACCGCAAAAACAACAUGUGUCAAAACAAAGACCCAGCAAAAAU